AAAAUAAAUCUCGGAUUUUGUAGGGUUUCAACACUAUCACUAUGACGGAACUCGAAGAACAUAAUAAAGAGGAGUCAAUGAUGGAGAAAAUUGCUGAUACACUUCAUCUCUCCAAUAGUAAUCAUCACGAUAAGAAAACGACGUCGUCUUCCUCUUCUUCUGAUUCAGAUGACGAUAAGAAACCCAAAACGGUGUCGUCUCCGCCGCAUAAAUCGUCGUCUCCUCAGCCUGCGUCACCGGUGACGUCAUCUUUUAAGUCAAAAGUUGGUCGGCUAUUUGGUCGGGAACGUCCUGUUCAUAAAGUCUUCGGUGGUGGUAAACCUGCUGAUGUGUUCUUGUGGAGGAACAAGAAGAUAUCUGCAUCAUUUCUUGGCGGGGCUACAGCUAUCUGGGUUCUCUUUGAGGUAGUAGAAUACCAUUUGCUUACCCUUCUCUGUCAUGGUUUGAUGAUUGCUCUUGCUGGAUUGUUUUUGUGGAGCAAUGCUAGCACCUUCAUUACCAAAUCUACACCACACAUUCCGGAAGUUCACAUCCCUGAGAAACCCGUAUUGGAGUUUGCCUCUGCUCUUAGGAAUGAGAUGAAUCGCGCCUUUACAGUUCUGAGGGAAAUUGCAUCUGGAAGAGAUCUGAAGAUGUUCCUUUUGGUCAUUGGUGGCUUGUGGAUCGCGUCAAUCUUGGGCGGUUGCUGUGAUUUCUUGACCCUGUUCUACAUAAUUGUGGUGGUGCUUCACACUGUACCUGUUCUCUAUGAGAAAUAUGAGGAUCAAGUGGAUUCAUUUGCUGAGAAAGCCUUGCAUGAACUCAAGAAACAGUAUGCCGUCUUUGAUGCAAAGGUAUUGAGUAAAAUUCCUCGAGGACCAUUGAGAGAUAAGAAGAAAGCUUAGACAUUCACUAUCUGUUGUGGUAUUAUAGAUGCGUCUUGUGAUUGUCCUUGUGAAUUUUGAUACAAGAUGGUGGAAGUGUCUUUUAGGUUCGAAGAGAAGGUGGUCGAAUUUAGUCUGUGUUCAAGAUCGUGGAAUUUAUGUUAAUGUAUAAUAAUGACAUGGAAUACUCUUU